CAUCUGGUCUCAGUUCCACUGCACAAGUAUCUCUUCAUGUUUGACCUACUAAGAAGACCAGAAUAAAACAUUUUAAAGAUGGGAAAUCAUCCCUGCACCCCAACUCCAGCAACUAUAGACAGUAUUUACAAGGUUGCCCAGGACAAUGGGAUCCUCCCUGACAUCACUCUUGAUGGGACGGUGGCAAAUUUACUGUCCCUCAAUUCCAGCAUUGCGCUCAACCUGCAGUAUGCGGCCGUCCAGCAGAGCCUGACCACAGACCAACUGGCGGCUUUAGACACCAACCUGACCUCUAUUUUCGGACAGAGCUCUAAUGUAUCUUACGGAGGUGUCGGAGUUGUGGCGCUUGCUUUAUCUUUUCUGCUUGAAGCUCUUGUGUCCAGUAUUGUCGGUCAGACGGAUGGUGGGACCACAGACCCAUUUAAGAAGGCUUUCGGAUCAGAUAACUCUUCGGAAAUCGCCAGCAUUGCGAGUGAAUACCUCAAACUGGUGUCUAAGAGGGCCAAUAACAUCGAGGAAAUGGGAGAAAUAACUGAACUCUAUGACCAGAAACUGAAAUAUGCUCUAAUCGAGCUCUAUGAGAGCAUGACUUUGGAUCAACAGCUGAACACGGAUAGUAUUAAGCAGUGGAUCAAUGGAGCUGCGAUCCACCUGCACAUGAGGAUUCAUGGGAUUCGUUUGGCAUCUGUCCCUAAAGGUACAGCUGAAUCGCUGCGUUUGUCAUACCGAACAGGUUUGGCGAGGUUAAUUCAGCUCUAUAAUGGUUACUUGAGGCAGUAUGUAAGAGAGCGGUCCACCACGCAAGUUCCUCCGGUAAAGGCGGGAUUCUUAAUCGUUGAACCUGGUAAGAAGGUUAGACACCGUGUGGUCCACAACACCUGCCAAUCACAGGCUAUUGCCACUGCGGUAGUGGCCCGAAUUUUAUCUGCACAGGAUAUUGGAAAGACAGAAAGAUUUUUUGAUGAAGCUGGUCAAAUCUUAGACCGCUUGCUUCAACAGAGAGACACUUUUGAGCUACACAGGCAACAGAAGAUUAAAUCUUAACUGGAUGUGGAAUUCCUUCUGAGAGGCCACCUAUUCAAAACAAAGGCAUAGCUUGAAGACGCCGAGAUUGAGUGCGGGUUCAUGGGAGAUGUCGUCUUCACCUCACAGCCGGUGGAAAAGAAUCGGGAUGGGACACGGGCAGAAAUCAUGUUCAUGGAUGAAAUUAUUAACAUUACUGUAGUAUGAAGCAGAGCAGGGCCGAGUGUUGUGGGAGUGCAACAAGGCUGCUGGAGUGAUUGCUAAUGGGAAACGAGCGCGACACACGGCUCUAAAGCAGUGGAACUUUUAUUAUGCCGCAGUCACCUCUUCCGCUUCUUCCGGUCAAGCAUAUGUGGGGUAACACAACGCUCUUUAUCAUAUUAGAUACAUUUGAGUGUGUUGAAAAUAAUGUCAUAACAUUACUCUAUGGCACUCACGGUAAAUCAAGAAAACGAGAUUCAAACAAUAAGAAUGAUUGACAAUGAUUAGUUUUCGGUCUAUAAAUGUAUACAAACAGUUGUUCCCUUGUCUAAUAAAGCAUAUAAUAU